AUGCCAUUGCCGACUCAUGCUGCAGUGACCCGCUUCGUGGCCUCACUUUUGCCAUUCAAGGAAAACGAUGUUCCGCUCCUCUACCACGUACCGCGAAGACACCGAUAUGACGCAGAGCUUGCCCUCAUCGACCGCAUCGUCCUCUCGAUAACGCCUACACCAGGGGUAUAUGACUUCAUUGGGCAUACCGAAACUUACCAUCCACCGCGCACGCUAUGCUUCCUUCAUCGGCCCUGGCAACUUGACCGGCGCGCAGUACGUGGAGACACGCUCGUGCUCUCGAGCCAUACGUCCUUCGACGAGAACCUGACAGUCGGAUGGAACCCACCGUUAGCAACACGACUUGGGAUGACUGAGGAGAAUUGGUUCUGUGUACAAGGAUACAAGGGAGACGCGACAAGGAAGAUAGGCAUUGUGGGCUCCGUUUCCAUACCGCGAUACACGAUCCUCGAACGCAUACAGGGCGAGUUUGGGCAAACAGAGAUGAUACAGGAGGGCCAGUCUGACGAAAUACGCGUCGUGGCCAUCAUGAACGCAUUCAACGAAGAGGAAUUGAUGCGCGUGCUGGAUAUGGCGCAGGAGCGCACAUGGGUACCAGACGCAAGUUUCGAGGCCCGAGGGCGGCAUGUAUUGUAUAUUACAGGCCAACCUCGUGAGAGUGGAAUGUUGGCUGCGACUGCGCUGGGUCUGACCGUUGCCUGCGUCGGACACAAGACGACUGAAGAAUGGGGCAUACGGUUCAUGGCCGCAGCACUGAGGACCGCGUAUCCGAAUGUACCUGUGGAAGAAGUCUGUGAAGAAGAGGAACCAAUCAUACGGAAGCCCGUGAAAAAUGUAGUGGCUCCUGUCUCAACGCCCGUGGAGGUCAUGCAAUGA